CGCUCCCUCGCACGGCAGCGCUGUGAUUUCAGCGCGUCUCCCCCCGCACCGGCGCCGCUUCCAGGCCGAGCUCACGGCUCUCUGUGCUUUCCCCUCCUCCCCUCCCUCCUACGAGCCCCCGCCCGGCGCUGCUUUGGCACCGGGACCCCGCGCGGCCGCCCGUAAAGAGGCGGAAUAACGCUCUGCCCUACGGCGCAUCGCUGCGCUCCUCCCUGCAUCCCCAGCGCUGGGAGACAAAGAGCACCGCGGGCAGAUGGCAUCGCGCUGCGUGUGCUCGGCGCCCGCUGGAUGCUUUGCACGAGGCAGGAAAUAACAGCGAUACCGCGGGGUUAAUGGUGCUUAAUCCGCCGCCUUCGUGCCCAACCUGCCGGCAGCGGAGCGGCUCUUAGCAACCGGCGUGACACGGGGCUGCCCUGCGUGGGGACACCCCGGGACGGAGACACCCGCGUGGUCUCCAGGAUGCGGUGCGUGGGGACGGGGGCCGUGCGGCUCCAAGGGAGGUGACAGCGGCAGCUCUCAGCUGUUUGCUUUUCCUCGUUUGUUUUACUUGCUGCUCGUCGCCUCCCAAGCAAACCCACCAUCCCAGCCACGUGGCUCCUCCUGGACCCCCCCGCCCCCCUGGGCUCCCCCAGCAGCUCGGGGCACCAGUGCCCCUGGGAGCUGCCAGCCCCACGCUGAGGACCCGAAGCCCUUUGCCCCCACAGCCAGCACUGUUCUGCCAGCUCCGCCGCCUCCGGCCCCACACGGGGAGCAGCGACCCGUACUGCAUUGUGAAGAUUGACAAUGAGGCCAUCGUCAGGACUGCCACGGUGUGGAAGACGCUGUCCCCAUUCUGGGGGGAAGAGUAUGAGGUGCAGCUCCAUCCCACCUUCCACAGCAUCUCCAUCUAUGUCAUGGAUGAGGAUGCGCUCAGCCGUGAUGAUGUUAUUGGGAAGGUGUGCAUCACCCGCACCAUGCUGGCAGAGCACCCCAAAGGUUACAGCGGCUGGGUGAGCCUCAGCGAGGUGGACCCCGAUGAGGAGGUGCAGGGGGAAAUCCACCUCUGCGUGGAGCUCCUGGAGGGCGAGGGCGGCCAGCGGCUGCGGUGCACUGUGCUGGAGGCCAGGGAUUUGGCCAAGAAGGACCGGAACGGUGCAUCCGACCCCUUUGUCUGUGUGAGCUACAAUGGCAAAACGCAGGAGAGCACCGUGGUGAAGAAGUCCUGCUAUCCUCGCUGGAACGAAGCCUUUGAGUUCGAGCUGCCCGACCCCCCUGCAGAGAAGCUGUGUGUAGAGGUGUGGGAUUGGGACCUCGUCAGCAAGAAUGACUUCUUGGGCAAGGUGGUGGUCAGCGUGCAGGGGCUGCAGGCAGCCGGGCACCAGGAGGGCUGGUUCAGGCUGCAGCCGGACACGGCCAAGCCCAGGGAGGAUAGGCGCCGGGGCAGCCUGGGCUCACUGCAGCUGCAAGUGAGGCUGCGGGAUGAGACAGUGCUGCCCUCCUGCUGCUACCAGCCCCUGGUCCAGCUGCUGUGCCAGGAGGUGAAGGCAGGGCACCAGACCGGCGGGGUGCACCUGGUCACCCUCCUCGAUGAAACCACCACGGCUGAGAGCCGGCAGGACGUCGCCGUCAACCUGGUGAAACUCUUCUUGGGCCAAGGGCUGGUGAAGGAGUUUCUGGACCUGCUCUUUGAACUGGAGCUGGCCAAGCCCUGUGAACCCAACACUUUGUUCCGGAGCAACUCCCUGGCCUCAAAGUCAAUGGAGUCUUUCCUCAAGGUGACAGGGAUGCAGUACCUGCAUGCGGUGCUGGGGCCCACCAUCUCCCGGGUGUUUGAGGAGAAGAAGUAUGUGGAGCUGGACCCCAGCAAGGUGGAGAUCAAGGACGUUGGGUGCUCGGGGCUGCACCGGGUUCAGACAGAGAGUGAGGUGAUGGAGCAGGGCCGCCAGCUCCUCCAGUCCUACCUUGGGGAGCUGCUGGAUGCCAUCGGCAAGUCAGCUCCUACCUGUCCUCCUGUCAUCCGUGCCGCUUUCCGGCAGCUCUUCCAGCGCGUUGGGGAGCGCUUCCCCCAGCAUCAGCACACGCAGUUCGUGGCCGUCACCAGCUUCCUGUGCCUCCGCUUCUUCUCGCCGGCCAUCAUGACCCCCAAACUCUUCCACCUGCGGGACACGCACGCCGACGCGCGCACCGGCCGCACACUGCUGCUGCUGGCCAAGGCUGUGCAGAUGGUGGGCAACAUGGAGCCAGCGGCAGGGCGGGCCAAGGAGGAAUGGCUGGCCCCGCUGCAACCCGCCCUGCAGCACGGAGCCUCCCGCAUGAGGGCCUUCAUCACCCGGCUGGUGGGCACGGAGGAGGAGGAGGAGGGCGGAGAGGGGUGGCCGUGCGCCCCCCGCGCUGCCGUGGUGAAGGAGGGGCUGCUCUUUGUCCACAAGACGCGGGGCAAAGGGCCGCUGCUUGCCUCCGCCUCCAAGAAGCUGCACUUCUGCCUCACCGGAGAGGCCCUCAGCUUCGCCAAGAGCCCCGGGGUGGAGCAGAGGUGCGGUUCCAUCGCUUUGGCCAACAUCCGCGCGGCCGAAAGGGUGGAGGAGAAGAGCUUCGGGAGCUGCCACGUCAUGCAGGUGGUCUACGUGGAUGAGGCCGGGCAGCAGGAGACGGCCUACCUGCAGUGCAAGUGCGUCAAUGAGCUGAACCAGUGGCUGUCCGCCCUGCGGAAGGUGUGUGGCAAUAACCCGCAGCUGCUGCACGCCUACCACCCCGGCGUCUUCCGCGGGGACAAGUGGAGCUGCUGCCACCAGAAGGACAGGACGGGGCCGGGAUGUGGGCAGACCCGGCACAGCAUCACCCUGCAGGACUGGAGCGAUCCGUUGCAGCCCGACGUGGAGGCGCAGCGCCUCUUCCAGCACCUCCACGGCCUGCAGGAGCCUCUCAGGGAAAAGUACUGGCAGCUGAUGGAGGCGGGGGGGGCUCACGACGGCCCUCGGGGCUGCGGUGAAGGACCCCCGCUGCCCCUCGUGCUCCAACGGCUCUUCGAGGCGCUGCAGGACCUGGAGCGCUGCCACCGCCAGCUGCCCCCCGCCGCCCCCGCCCCGCUGGAGCUGCAGACGUGAUGGAGCGGGCUGGGAUGGGGGGGCAGGGGGGGGUGGGCUGUGCCUCGAGCGUGGCAAUAAAGGUGCAGAUCCGCCC